CUGACUGCAGUGUGCAGAUCAGAUAGCAUGCACACACCCACGUCUCUGUAGAAGCUCCUGCCAGCUACCGGUGGCCUGCAGUGGAUCAUGGCUUCUCCUAGGCUCUGGGCUGUUGACUAUGAGGUUUAUGGGGAUGUCCAGGGUGUCUUCUUUAGAAAGUACACCGAAGAACAGGGAAGGAAAUUGGGGGUGGUCGGCUGGGUGAAGAACACGGCUCAUGGGACUGUGACUGGACAAGUACAGGGUCCAAAGGAGAAAGUAGAGAUCAUGAAGAACUGGCUGCGCAGCGUAGGAAGCCCCAUGUCACGUAUUGAUCAAGCUGUGUUCUCUGAAGAGAGAGAGAUCUCCAGCCUGGAGUUCCAGUCUUUCACCACAAAGUACUAGAACCAGUUGGCUGGUUGGGCUGGGACGUCCAUCCCUAGCUACAUCGAGGGAUUUUUCCCUCAGAAGAAAGCAGUGCUAUACCAUCCUCCCUUGUUGGACAGGCUCUGCUGCUGCUGUGGACAUUAUGAAAUUGAUCUCUAGGACCACUUUGGAUCCCUCAAGCUUGUAGCUACUUGGGAAGUACCCAUCAUCCGUUUUGUGCCCAACAAGGAGUCGUGUGUGAUGCCCAGUGCUCUCUUCACCUAUGGACUGUUGCUGUGUGGCUGAGAGAAUUCUAAAAUGGGGUGGGGGGGGGUGCUGCCCAAUGUCUUCCUCCCAGGAGAACUUUGCAGCCUCAUCCCCUUCAACAUGAGUUCAUAAACACUGACUAGUCGUUAGCAAUCUCCUUUGGACAGACAUGAUAAUGAAAGGCUUGUAAAUAACAGUUCUUCACCCUCAUGUUGGAGGCAGGCUGCCUUUUCUCCCUUGCCUUAACUUCCACUUGGCAAAGAUAUUAGAUUAUUGAUAAAAUAUACAAACCUCAUUCUUUGCGGGGUUGGGCAGGGUGAAGUGAGGGGAGGACAUGAGGAAGAUAAUUUUUUGUUGUGAGAAAUAUUCCCAAUAGUCCAGAGAUUGUAGAAUAGGUUCUCUUCUAACCUUUAUUUUGGACAAGUAGGUUCUGAGAGGGUCAACCCCAUUUCCCCAAAAUUCCUUGAUUUAGGAGGAUGAGGCAUGCAAAGAUGUAGUGUUUAGACAGGCCUUCUCCAGAUGAAAAAUUGUCAGCUUCAAAAUUCUCAUUAACUCUUUAUAUUAUAUCAUAUUUGAAUAAUUAAUACACUUUUUGUUCCUCUCCUGAGCUAUGGCUAUAAUGUGGAACCUGUAAGUAUUUGUAAAAGAGUCAUAUUUCCUUUUUUUAUUUCAGUAGUCCCAUUUAUAUCCUUGUGAUACAAAAGAGGGUUCCCUCUAGUGCACAACUUGCUGCGUGCACCCCUGCCAACACUAAUAAAACAUACCU